CUCCUGGACUCUUUGGGCUGUUUGAAUCGAAGCUGAUUAACAUUUGGGCCACUGCUGCCACGCUUGAAGUUGGUGCUGAUGCCACUGAAUUGGGCCGUCUUAAGCUGGGCCGCGAGGAAGCUUUCUGCACCGCUGCUGGAAUGCACUGAAUUGGCGCUGCUGGCAUAGACCGGGUUGAUUGCACAAGCAGCAGCUGCCUUGGGGGUCUCUUCCCCUCGUUUUCAUUUGAAGAAAGAACCCAAAGCUAGGGCAAAGCUAAAGGUGAGAGAGGAAAGCUCCCAAUAUUCAAGUCAUUUAGCCAGUGCUUCAAACGUCACUGACCGGUGGAGAAGAAGAGCUGACCGGAGCUGCCACGUGGAUAGGAUCGACGGUCAGAGCAAAGCAAGGAAACAGAUAAACGGUAGCCGUCCGAUGAUGAAGAGAAGAAUAAAGCAUCACAAGCGCCAUUCUUAGCUCUAGGGAGUGAAUCGCGGAGGGUGACAGACUCCACGAACGAGUGUGUGAAGGGUGACAGACUUCACUCACGAGACUUGGAGAUCACGAGAGUGAGAGCGAGAGACAAUUCUUUAGUUUCAUAGAGUAGAAGAUUUCACUGAGUUGCGAGGGUGACAGGCCGUGAUUUUCGGUGAUUUCUGGUGAACUUAGUUGACCAGAGCUUGACAAUUGGCAGAAAAUUGUUUCGAAGUAUCUGUCUGGUGCGAUGGUUUACAUAACUGAGUGGGACAAAUUUGUGGAGCAAUCCAUUCAGUUGUUUCGUGCUGAUCCUGACUCUACACGGUAUGUCAUGAAGUACAGGCAUUGUGAUGGCAAGUUGGUACUUAGGGUCACUGAUAACCGGCAGUGUCUAAAGUACAAGACAGACCAAGCACAGGAGGCUAAGAAGAUGGAAAAACUGAACAAUAUGUUCUUUGCUUUGAUGGCCCGUGGUCCUGAUGUUGAUCUAUCAGAAGUCACUGGAAAAGAGCAAAUGGAUGCUCAACCAAGCAAGAAAGGAAGAGGAAGGAAGCAAUAACUUGCUCUUUGCGAGACAUGAUGGUUUUGAGUCAGAGGACUUUCUAAGAAUUUGAACAGUUAUACUUUUCCCGAUCUAAUUAUUACUUCUUCAGAUUCUAUGAUGAAAGUGGUUGUAUAUUGAAGUUUUGAAGUCUGAAUUUCUGAUCUUUUGGAAGUCUUGAGUAUUACAGAAUUUAGUUAUGCCACCAA